GUUGCUUGCUUUCUUUGCGGGAAGCUAGAAGUUGAUUGAGAUCAACGAUCCAUCACAGUGUUGUUCUUUGAGACUUCCUGAUAAUUUGCCAGUUGCAAAUGUAUGAUUAUAUCUGUUUUGCACUCUUAUCUGUUUAAUGUUUAAGUGUUGCUUGCUUUCUAUGCUUUAGAUAAUUGUCAGUAUCUUCACAUGAGUCACAUGACUGAAUUACUAAUAAAGGAAAAGGGGAUGAAGAGAAAGUAGAAGAUGUCUCGUCCUUAAAGAAUAGAAACCUCAUAACACUAUAAGUCUUACAAAAAUCUGCAAGGUUUGUGGGCUUUUGACCCCAUGAAUUUGAUCCUUGUUGAGUUUUAGACGAGAAUUUGAUGGAUUGGAUUUUACUUUGAAUUUCUUUCAGGUUUGCAAGAGAACUGGUCAUGAACGGGGUUCAAGGUCGCGACCUACAUUGACUGCCCAAUGAACCCUGUUUUCUUUGCAAAAUGCCUGGAAUUUCGGAUCUUCUUUCCUUUUCUAUGUUUUCAUCAAGUUAUGGGUGGUUAGCUUUUCUGUUGGAUUUUAGGAGGGACUAAAUUUAUUUUGUGGAUGAAGUCUGAUGCUUCACUAAAAGCAUGUCUAGAACAAGCUUUUCCCUUAUACUCUGUAGUAUUGAUCGUUUUAGUUCAUAUCACAUCUUUAAAAUUAUCUAAACUCCAUUUUAAAGGAUGUACUUAUCCUUUCAAUUGCCGCACCUUUAAAAAUUAUUUUAAUACAGUUGUUCUUAGCCAUUUGAAAUGCCGCACCUUUUCAAACAGGUUUUAUCACUGGUUGCUUUUUGCCUCCUUUCAAAAAGUCACCAUUCACAUAUAAAUAUUGUUAGACCAUGUGAAUUAAAGUAGAACGUAAAAAAUCAAUUUUGUCAUCCUUCUCUAAUUGCCUUACUAUAUUACUUUUAUCUGCAUUAUUAGUAAUAAAGUGUUUAGACCACUUUGUUUACAAAUCACUUGUCCGGUGUUAUUUUAUCAGUAGCUAAAAUACAUCAUACACCUUCUUUUUAUCCCAAAAGUUCUAUCUUGCAACCCGGUUACUGUGAUAAGGGUAGAUAGUAAACUUUUAGGAAAGCGUAUUUAAUACGUGACUAGAAGUGAUAUCCGGUCCAGCCAUAUUUCUACACCCUUAUAAUAUACUCUUUUUAUCCGUAAGUUCUAACAAUCUAAAAGUUUACUAGUCCGUAAAUAUGGCCGCUACGCAACGUGAUAUCAACACCAAUUUUCAAAAAUUAGAAAAAUUUGAAGGUGUGGAAUUUCGAAGGUGGCAGAAAAAGAUGCAUUUUUUGCUCACUACUUUGAAAGUGGUCUACGUGUUAAGCACUCCGAGGCCGCCCGAGGAAGAAGAAAACGAGUCUUUGGAAACAAGCCGCCGUCGCAUAAAGUGGGACAAUGAUGACUAUAUCUGCCGUGGACACAUUUUGAAUGGUAUGUGUGAUUCUCUUUUUGAUGUGUAUCAAAAUGUUGAAUAUGCUAAAACGUUGUGGGAAUCUCUAGAAUCCAAAUAUAUGACCGAGGAUACUUCAAGCAAGAAAUUUCUCAUUAGUAACUUUAAUAGUUAUAAAAUGGUGGAUUCUCGUCCGGUCAUGGAGCAAUUUCAUGAGAUUCAAUGUUUAUAUGAUCAACUUUUGAUUCAUAACAUGCAUGUAAAUGAAACCUUUGCGGUCGGUUCAAUAAUCGACAAAUUACCACCUUCAUGGAAGGAAGUGAAAAAUAGCCUCAAACGCAAAAAAGAGGAUCUUUCAAUGGAGCAACUUGGUCGCCGACUUCAAAUUGAAGAAGGCAUUAAGUUGCGUGAAGGUGACAAUGGUAAAAAGAACGACCUUCCAAUUUCCUCUAAAAAUGGUAUGGAGGAGGGACAGUCAAGUGGGACUAAGAAAAAUAAAAAACGUCCUGGGAAAUUCACCAAAGGUUCCAAGUUUCAAAAGAGGCCGAAAGAUAAGAAAGUAGACUCUUGUUGGGAAUGUGGUGGUCCACAUUUCAAGAGGAAUUGCCCAAAGGUGAAGAAGAAGAAGGCCCAAUCGAACGGCCAUCCAAAUGGUGGUCAAGACAACCUAGGAUGAUCAAUCUUGGUGGAUCGACACCGGAGCCACAAGGCAUGUAUGUAAAGAUAGGCAAGCUUUUAAGACUUUAAAAGAGUUGCAAGAGGGGCCAAUCUUAUACAUGGGAAAUGACUCUACUGUGCAAAUUCAAGGAAUUGGGCAAGUAGAGUUGGAAUUAACUUCCGGAAAGAAAUUAAUUCUUAAUGAUGUGUACUUUGUACCACAAAUCCGGAAAAAUCUUGUCUCCGGUGGCAUUCUAAAUAACUUUGGGUUUAAACUUAGCUUUGAAGCAAAUAAGUUUAUUUUAUCUAAGGGUGGUGUAUUUGUUGGCCAAGGUUUCUUUUGUAAUGGCAUGUUCAAACUAAGUGUUGUAAAUAAAGUUGUUAAUUUU